CGCGCGGGGUCCUUCGUGCCUGGUGUCGCAGGAAGUGCUGUGUGUGGUGAGCGGCGUGAGCGGAAUCUUUAAGCAUGGACACCGACCUCUAUGAUGAGUUUGGCAACUACAUUGGACCAGAGUUGGACUCUGAUGAUGAAAAUGAUGACGACGACAUGGGAAGAGAGGACAGGGAGGCCGAUGUGGCUGAAGACGAUGAGGAUGAUGAAUUAAUGGGAGAGGCAGAUGAGGAACGCACAGGGAUGGAAGUGGUGCUUCAUGAGGAUAAAAAGUACUACCCCACUGCAGAAGAGGUAUACGGCCCGGAGGUGGAGACCAUAGUACAGGAGGAGGACACACAGCCCCUCACUGAGCCAAUUAUUAAACCUGUGAAGGCUAAAAAGUUUUCUAUGAUGGAGCAAGGUCUCCCUGCUACAGUGUAUGCGAUGGACUUCUUGGCUGAUCUCAUGGAUAACUCUGAACUCAUCCGAAAUGUGACCUUAUGCGGACAUCUGCACCAUGGCAAGACCUGCUUUGUAGACUGCUUGAUUGAACAAACGCACCCGGAGAUACGUAAGCGGCAUGAUCAAGAUCUCUGCUAUACAGAUAUCCUAUUCACAGAACAAGAGAGAGGAGUUGGCAUUAAGAGUACACCGGUGACCGUCGUUCUUCCUGACACCAAGGAGAAAUCAUACCUGUUCAAUAUCAUGGACACACCAGGGCACGUGAAUUUCUCGGACGAAGUGACGGCUGGGUUUCGGAUCUCAGAUGGGAUAGUGUUGUUCAUUGAUGCAGCAGAGGGGGUGAUGCUGAACACGGAGCGCCUAAUAAAACACGCUGUGCAGGAGCGCCUGGCUGUCACAGUCUGUAUCAAUAAGAUAGACAGACUUAUUCUGGAACUCAAACUGCCUCCCACCGAUGCUUAUUACAAACUGCGGCACAUUGUGGAUGAGGUUAACGGUCUUCUGAGCAUGUACUCCACAGAUGAGAACAUGGUUCUCUCGCCCCUACUUGGCAAUGUUUGCUUUGCCAGCUCCCAGUACAGUAUCUGUUUCACUUUGGGCUCCUUUGCCAAAAUCUAUGCUGACACAUAUGGAGAUAUAAAUUAUCAGGAAUUUGCGAAGCGGCUGUGGGGUGACAUCUACUUUAACCCAAAAACCCGUAAGUUCACCAAGAAAGCCCCAACCAGCAGCUCUCAGCGCAGUUUUGUGGAGUUCGUUCUGGAGCCUCUGUACAAGAUCUUGGCACAGGUCGUUGGGGAUGUAGAUACUUCACUGCCACAGACUCUGGAGGAGCUGGGUAUUCACCUCACCAAAGAGGAGUUAAAACUAAACAUCCGUCCUUUGCUUAGACUUGUCUGCAAUCGCUUCUUUGGGGAGUUCACAGGGUUUGUUGAUAUGUGCGUCCAGCAUAUCCCUUCUCCCAAAACCGGUGCUAAAACCAAGGUUGAGCACACUUACACAGGAGGCAUUGACUCCGAGCUGGGAGAGACGAUGGCUGAAUGCGACUCUGAUGGUCCUCUGAUGUGUCACACAACCAAGAUGUACAGCACCGAUGAUGGAGUGCAGUUCCAUGCUUUUGGACGGGUUCUAAGUGGAACCAUCCAUGCUGGGCAACCAGUCAAAGUUCUUGGAGAGAACUACACUCUUGAAGAUGAAGAGGACUCGCAGGUCUGCACUGUAGGAAGACUGUGGGUUUCUGUUGCCAGGUAUCACAUUGAAGUGAACAGAGUCCCAGCUGGCAACUGGGUGCUCAUUGAGGGAGUGGAUCAGCCUAUUGUGAAGACUGCGACCAUCACUGAACCCCGAGGCAAUGAAGAGGCUCAGAUCUUCCGACCGUUAAAGUUCAAUACCACAUCUGUAAUUAAGAUCGCUGUGGAACCCGUAAAUCCUUCAGAACUGCCAAAAAUGUUGGAUGGCCUGAGAAAAGUCAACAAGAGCUACCCAUCCCUCACCACCAAGGUGGAAGAGUCGGGCGAGCAUGUCAUUUUAGGCACAGGGGAACUGUACUUGGACUGUGUAAUGCACGACCUCCGCAAGAUGUAUUCCGAGAUUGACAUUAAGGUGGCUGAUCCUGUGGUCACUUUUUGUGAGACUGUCGUGGAAACCUCUUCCCUGAAGUGCUUUGCUGAGACACCUAAUAAGAAGAAUAAGAUUACUAUGAUUGCGGAGCCGCUGGAGAAGGGGCUGGCAGAAGACAUUGAGAAUGAAGUGGUGCAAAUCUCCUGGAACAGGAAGAAACUUGGAGAGUUUUUCCAGACCAAAUACGACUGGGAUCUGUUGGCUGCCCGUUCUAUCUGGGCAUUUGGGCCAGACACUACCGGACCAAACAUUCUGGUAGAUGACACUCUGCCCUCUGAGGUGGAUAAAGCCUUGCUGGGCUCCGUCAAGGACAGCAUUGUCCAGGGAUUUCAGUGGGGAACGAGAGAAGGGCCGCUGUGUGAUGAGUUGAUCCGAAAUGUGAAGUUUAAGAUUCUGGAUGCUGUGAUUGCCCAGGAACCUCUGCAUCGUGGCGGGGGGCAGAUAAUUCCCACGGCGCGCAGAGUAGUGUACUCUGCCUUCUUGAUGGCCACUCCGCGUCUAAUGGAACCCUAUUACUUUGUGGAGGUGCAAGCCCCGGCUGACUGCGUCUCGGCUGUGUACACUGUGCUGGCCAGGAGGAGGGGUCACGUCACUCAAGAUGCCCCAAUUCCAGGCUCACCUUUGUACACGAUUAAAGCCUUCAUUCCAGCGGUAGACUCGUUUGGGUUUGAGACAGACCUGCGCACGCACACACAGGGUCAGGCAUUCUCCCUCUCCGUCUUCCAUCACUGGCAGAUUGUACCCGGUGACCCCUUGGAUAAGAGCAUCAUCAUACGGCCUCUGGAGCCACAGCCAGCUCCACAUCUAGCUCGCGAGUUCAUGAUCAAGACAAGGCGUAGGAAGGGCCUAAGUGAAGAUGUAAGCAUCAGUAAGUUUUUCGACGACCCUAUGUUGCUGGAAUUGGCCAAACAGGACGUGGUGCUGAAUUACCCCAUGUGAGAGACGCCCCCAAAAAAAAUCUGUACCCUGUCUUCGUUAGUCCAUGGAAUAACAUACUGCGUCCCCCUGUACUGGGUCACCGCGCUUCUGCCUCAAUGAUCCCAUACCGCCAACGUUCCUCUGCUGGAGUCCGGCCUCGGCAUAGAAACGUUAUUUCAGCGGAUCGUCCUAACAGUCGGAUGCUCGGUAUGGACCCCCAGCAGUCUUGUUUACUGUGGCGUACAAAAUGUAAACUCUUAACCGUCAGAGUUGGGUGAUAUGUACAUAUUGUCUAUUUUUACAUUUUAAAAUAAACUUCGCAGUUACCUUCA